AUGUCGGAGAUUUUGUGCGAGUGGCUGAACGAGGUGGUGAAGCUCUCGCGGAGCGUGGUUCCAGGAUCAUUAUCAGAAGAAUUUUCUACGGGCUACCUCCUAGGAGAACUUCUGCACAAAUACGAACUUCAGGAUGACUUUAAUCAGUUUUCACAGAGCAGGGUUGCAAAUGCAAAACUUAACAAUUUUUCUCGCCUGGAGCCAACCCUUCAACUCCUUGGUGUACAAUUUAAUGAGAAUGUGGCCCAAGACAUCAUGACAGGACAGCAUGGGGCUGCAACAAAGCUUUUAUAUCAGUUGUAUAUUGCUUUAGAAAAAAAGAGAAAGGCAAAGCUCACUGGAGUAGCCAUGGAAGCAAUGAGACCUGCAGCACCUGCAAAGCUCAAGUCUAUUGAAAGUGUUUUAUAUCGAGAGCGUCUGAAAAAUUUAAUGCCACGUCAGACUGAUUUGCAGCUGCAGCAAGUUUCAGAGCAUUUUGAAAUGAAAUCUAAGGCAAUAGAAAAUAAAAUAGCUCGUAUGCAUAUUGCAGAACAACAGAAAAUUCAAAAACUCCAAGAGGAACAAAGAGCCCAAGACAUUGAAAAGCAUCGCAUAGGAAGAAGGAGACAAAAUGAAAUAAUGGCCAGGAUUCAAGCAGCCAUUCUACAGAUUCCCAAACCACCACCACCCCGUACUAUAAAAGCUAUUGAAGCCAAAAAAUUGUUAAAGAAGAAAAAAGAAGCAGAGGACACAUACAAGGAAAUUAAAAAGUUUGAGAAUGAUAUAGAAAAAUCAUUGCAAACACAGAAGUUGCAUACAGCGACCCUAGAAACUACAGCACAGACUACUGAACUGUUAAAUAUUUAUUCAGAUGAUGAAUAUAUAAGGAAAAUUCAAAAACGUUUGGAGGAAGAUACAUUUGCUAGAGAGCAACGAGAGAAGAGACGACGAAGAAUGCUAAUGGAACAGUUAAUAGCACAUGAAGCACAAGAGGAGGCUUACCGAGAGGAACAACUUAUUUACAGAUUAAUGAGACAAUCUCAGCAGGAGCGGAGGAUUGCUGUUCAACUCAUGCAUGUUCGACAUGAAAAAGAGGUGUUACGGCAAAACAGAAUUUUCAGAGAAAAACAAUAUGAAGAAAGACGACUAAAAGAGUUCCAGGAAGCUCUUGAUAGAGAAGCGGCUCUUGCAAAACAAGAAAAGAUUGAUUAUGAAGAACAAAUUUUCAAAGAAAGAGAACGUUAUGAGAAAAUUGCUGCUGAAAGAGCUCAAGCUCGUUAUCAAAAGCAUUACUCUGUAUGUUGGGAAGUGAUCAAUCAAAUUAUUGAUUUGUCAACAAAAGUAGGAGAAUAUCGAAUACUGACCAACAACAAAAUUCCAUUCAAAUUGAUGUGUGAUUGGAAAGAGUUUUUUUUUAAUGGAAAACCAAUAUAUGAACAAGCUUCAAUUCAACCUAUGCCAAAUGAAGCCAGCCCAGAACAACUUGUAGAGCUGGAUAAAAUGAAUCUGUUAGAUGAGAAAGAUUAUAGUGAAUACAAGAGUAUGACAGGGGAAUGGUGCCCACCCGAAGAGAACAGUGAAAACAAGCCUUCUCCUAAUAAUAAUAUACUGGGUCAUGUGCUUCACAGACUGAUGGAGAUUUUCUAUCCUCCAAAGCCCAAAACUUCACCACCUGUAUUUCCUCCUUUUCCUAUCAAGGGAUGUAUUUUGGGAAAAUUUCUUAGUGGGAAAACUACCUGUGUAAAGUUUCUUGAAAAAGUUUGCAAUAUUCAGGUACUAUCUGUUGAUAUUCUUGUUCAGGAAGCUAUCCAAGCUUUUCUUAAAAAUGAAAUGAAAAGUGAAAACAACUUUAUUCCACAGGAAGCAGAGAGUUCUGGGAAGCAAAAUGAGUAUUAUGGUGAUAAAAAUGUCAAAUAUUACAAUGUACCUGUUUUAGAUAAUGGUCCUGUCAAAAAGGAUCUAUCUGGUCAAGGAAUUAUAUCAGACAAUAGUCAGGAUGACCAAUCCAAGCUGUCUGUACGUGCCCAGCUUGGUGCUGCAUCACAGAAAUUGUUGAAGAAAGGAAAAAGUAUUCCCGAUGAAUUGCUAAUUGACAUCCUGUUGGAAGCCAUUAGUCAAACACCAUCGGAGAAGGGCUGGAUUUUGGAUGGAUUUCCAAUGACAAUAAAUCAGGCAAAGCUAUUUGACAAAGCCUUUUCAGGGAUUGAUCCAGACAAAGCAGACACAAAAGAUGAAAAUUCUGGAAAGCUCUUACUGGUUACUGAUCCCAGAGACCCUAAGAAGCCAUCUGUCCCCUCACCUCCAUUUGAUUUUUGUAUACUAUUGGAUAUAUCAGAUACCACAGUACUGAAACGCAUGGCUAACUUAAAAUCAGAUAAAACAAAGUCAUCUCAAAUCGAACAGAAGGACAGUGAUCAAACUUCAGAUGCCCAAAUCCGAGAAGAGAAGACUGACUUAGUCAGGGACCAGAUGCUACAUAGAAUUUCAGGCUUUCUAGACACAUGGCCAAAAUUAGAGAAAUGGUUUUCAGUCCAUCAAAAUGUUCUAGUGAAAGUCAAUGCUGAAACUGAAGAAAGUCUUCUGUGUAAAACAGUAAAGGAAAUCCUUAUGGAAGAAAUCGCCAAAAAACAGAAUAGAAGCUCUGCUGAAGAAAAAUCACCAGGGGAAAAGCUUUCACAAGCUACAUCUGAAGAUCUACCUCCUAUUCCUGUGAGACCACCACUAAUUAAACCAGGAUCAGAUGAGUGGGUUUAUGUAGAUGAACCACUUCCCAAGGAGAUACCUGAUUUUUUAGUACCUUACUGGGAAAUGGUAGAAAAUGCAUAUGUAAAUACCAUCAAAACUAUACUUAGAUGCCUAAGGGAUGAACUGCACUCUGGGAUUUAUUACUUAGCAGAUACUAGAAAAAAUUUCCAGGAUUAUCUGAAGCGUCCAGAUCUUAAGCAGGAGUUUGUAUCUCAGUGGCAAUCAGAUUUUAAUUCAAUUCCUGAUGACCUGUGGGAAGAUGAGGAAACAAAAGCAGAACUACACCAAAGAGUUACUGACCUGAGAAAUCGUCUCUGGGAUAUCUGUGAUAACAGAAGGGAAGAAGCUUACCGGAAACGUACUGAUAUCAUGAAUGAUGGCUGGUUACCAGAUCAUAAGGGGAUUGCAAUGAACCAUUUUUUUUCUCUUAUGCAGGUUGAAGUGGAUCGUUUCCAGGAUACAAAGAGACUUCUUCAUGACUACUAUAGGGCAAUGGAAGGAAAAAUCCCAACAGAUGGCAGUCAAGGUUUUACUAGAAUUCCAUUGUUAGAUAUUAUUGAUUUAGAGCAGAAAGAGGAACAAGUCAAAUCAAGAAGGAUUCCUCUAGUUUCUCGUAAACCGCCUUCACCUGAUAUAAGUACUACCAAGCCAAAAAGCAAGGGAACUCCAGUGAAGUGUGUUAAGGAUGAGAAUUCUUCUGAAAAUGUAGUGGCCACUUUGGGUAAAGAUGAAAAACUAAUUACUGAUACAUGGCAAACAGCAGUAACAGCAGUGACAAAUAUGGUAACAGCUGAAAUACAGUCUAAAGAAACAGAGGAAGAAAAAGAACGUCAGCAGCUAGAACUGAAAGAAAGAGAACAUCUAAUAUCUUCCCAGACAAUGGCAGGCAAAACUACUGGAAAAGAUGGCAGAGAUAUCAAAAAGUUCUCUCCCAAAUCAGCAACUAAAAAGAAAGGAGCACCUCCUCCUGUACCAGUGGUUGAAGUGAGUGCUCCUCCUCUAACAGAAGAAGAAUUAAAGAAACAAGAAAUGAGACUUAAAAUAAAGCAGGAAUAUUUUAGCGCCCUUGAACAUGAAGCAGGAGCUGCAAAAUCUCAACUAGAGCUUAUAAAAAAGAAGGCUUUAGCAUUUGUUGAAGAGCUGACAAGGAAAGUAGAAGAAAUGUACAAAGAUAUGGAAAACUGGCUUGGAGCCAGAUUCCUGGCAGAAAUGUCUAGUGUUGAAAAGCUGAUUGAGGUUGCACGGCACCAUAUUGAAAGUUCUAGCAAAAUCCAGUAUGAAAUGAUUUUAGAAGAAACAGAUUUCUUCAUUAGCAGUGAUAUAAAAGUAAUUCCUGAUCCUGUUCCUCCACCACAUCUUCCACCUGUAGAGACAUCUGAAAAUGGUACUCUAACUAUUUCACAACUUACUACACUUCAUAAACAGUUUCUACAGGUAGCACCUAAAGCUAUAAGAGCACUGAAGCAAUUUAAAGGCAAGAGUAAUUCUUCUAGCAAGAAAGAAGUUGGUGACCAAGGGAAAGACAAGAAAGAUUUGGAACAUCAGAGAACAAAGAGGAAUCUCCAGUUUUCAAAAAUAUGGCUAACAAAAUAUUCCUGGUUAAAAUACGAUGAUGAAAGGGGGAUAAUGUUCUGUGCAUUGUGUCGUAAGCAUAAUGUGGAUUUGGGGGAAAACAUACAUAAUUUUUAUUCUGGCACUGAUGACUUCAAGCUUGAAUUUAUAAAUAUACACCAGAGCAGUGAAGCUCAUGCCUGGGCUACCUGCAUGGAAGCUGCUAGUACUGCUUCACCAGAUGUAGCUUCUGCUGAGCAGAUGUUGAAGACCAUGAAUGCCAUAACAUUAGGAAGAGUAGAAAAUAUUUUUAGAACGUGCCAUGCUAUUGCUAAAUCUGGACGUCCCUUUACAGACCUUGACUGGAUGUGCAAACUAGAUGAUAUGAAAGGAGUGGAUAUUGGUUCUGUGUUUAGAAAUGACAAAUCAGCAAGAAUGUUUAUACAUUUUAUUGCUGAAGUAGAAAGAAAGGCUUUAAAAGAGCAAUUGGAGAAAUGUAAAUUUUUCUCUCUCAUUAGUGAUGGAGUCACAGACAGUAUACUCAAAGAAGCUGCUGUUGUUUAUGUACGUUUUGCAGAUGAAGGAAAAGUCCAUUGUCAGAUUGUUGGGGUUCAACCUCUUCACAGAACUGACGCUUCAAGCAUAAAAAAUGCAAUUGAGGAAACAUUACAAAUAAAUCUUCAGCUCAAUCUGGCAAGCCAAGACUGGUCAAGAAAAUUAGUUGGGUUUGGAAGUGAUGGGACAGAUAUCAUGGUAGGAGAAAACAAUGGCGUAGCUAAACUUCUGAGAGAAAUUCAGCCGUGUGUACAGUCUGUGCAUUGUUUUGCUCACCGUCUCAAACUGGCUUACAAGGGAGCUUUGAAAAAUAUUCAACUAUAUAAUAUCUUAAACAGUGUCUUGAAAAGUAUGUAUUAUUUUUAUCAUAACUCACCUCUAAAUAAGAACAAUCUCAAAGCCACGUAUGAAGCCAUUCAUUUACGCCCAGCUAUUCCUUCUCGCAUUGGAGGCUCCCAAUGGCUUGCUCGUCUACAAACAGCUCUCCAAAUUCUCCUUAAAGGUUAUCCUGCAAUUGUUCUACAUCUGAGUAAGAUUGAAAGAGAUUCAAGAGCCUCAAAUCAGCAAAAGGUCAAAGGCCUUUUGCAAGUCCUUCUGAAAAUGGAGAUAGUCAAGUUCUCUCACUUCUUGUUGGAUGUCAUUAAUGUCCUCAACAUUCUGUUACGUGUUACUCUGGAUCACAACUCUUCCAUCGCAGAUAUAUUUGCAACCAUGCAGUCAACACUGGAAACACUCCAUAUGUAUCAAACAAGAGCUGGUCCAAAGGAACGCUUGAUGGAGACUAUUCCACACUUUCAUGGUUAUCAGCUUGUUGGAAAUGGAAAUAUUUUAUCAGUACGAACUAAAGUACUAAGUAAUUUGAUGAAGAGGUUGCAUGAUUAUUUUUGCGAUGCAAGUCAAGAUGUUUUGAGAGCAACUACUAUUGGAAGUUUUAAACUGUGGCCUGAUAAAAUUAAACAAGUAUAAAAAUAUUUUUCUUUUGUCUCUGUUAUAGAAUUCGGUGAAAAGGAAGUGUCUAUCUUAACUAAACAUUAUAAAGUCAUACUAGAAGCUGCCUCUGUGAAAAUCAGUGAAGUUGAAACAGAGUGGAGCAUGUUGAAGUUAGAGCUAUAUAAUAGAUGUCAGAACAUCCAGACCUUGACAUGGGAUUCAGUGAAUUCAGAUUAUUCAAAGAAGUAUCCCAACAUCCUGAGACUGGUAGAUUUGAUCCUAACACUGCCUGCAAGUUCAGCUGAAACAGAGCGAGGCUUUAGUAAAGAAACUCACCAUGAUGAAGUUGUUACUGCUCCAGAAAUUGUGAAUUUCGUAGAAUGUUUUAUACUAAAAAAUGUAUUUAUUGACAUUGUAAUGGACUUGAUUACUUCGGAUCUUGGAACAGAUUACCUUCCUGAUGAGUGGAUGAAUUUAACACUUUCACAUUUACAAAAUCUGGCAACUGCAUUAGGAGCAAACUCAGAACUUAUUGACUGGCACAGAUUCUUGCUAGCAGCAGCACAGCCCUGGCCAGUGCCGUCUGUGACACAGCUUCUCAAAACUCUACAUAGCUUCAAGCGUGUUGAUGAAACUGGAUCAGGCUUUGUUACACAGGAAUACUAUACACAGUUCCUGGCAUGGUUUAAUGUGGACCGAUUAGACUUUCACACAAUGUUCAGGCAAAUUGAUUUAUGGUUUAAAGGAAAUGAAGAUCUAACUGUAACAGAAAGUUGCACAGAACCUUUGCCUUUCGAUAGACUGGAACAUCUCAUAAUGUUUUUCUACACUUUAUUUGCUGAUACCAGAAAAGAUCCUGCUCUGCUCGACUACAAUCAGAUGCUGCUUUAUUUUGCCUCUCAUCCUGAUCCUUCUGAAGGUGUUUACAGAGCACUUAAUGUUGCUGCUGGAACAUAUAUUCAAAGGAAAAGAGCUUUUCCUUCAUGUGAGGAACCUUUAAUAGAAGAAGAAGAUGAAAAAGAAAUCUUGAAUUACUCAGGUGAAGGAAUAAUUUCUGUGGCAACUCUACUUAAAGUGUUUCAUAAUGGAGGAAGUAAAGAUGAAGAUAAACAUAGAUUUAAUAGCCUGCAGAUAGAGGGCAGCUAUGAUAUGCAUUUUGUGAAAAUAUACAGAGAAAUAGGCAGUGAAGAUCUGACACCCAUUCCAGUUGGAUUCCUUUUGAAGCAUCCUUUCAUUCAAGACUUGAUCAACAGCUAUCAAGAAUACAAACUUCCUGAUUUUAAAAUCAUUCUCCAAAGAGCUGAACAAGCGCAGUCAAUUGAUAGAGAAAUCACAACACUUAAAGACAUCAAAGUAUGA